AAAUGCAUUUGUCCUGCAGCCAAACAACCCUCAUUCACCCCAUUUUCCUCUGCGGUCUGCUCUACCUUGCAAUCAUCCACCUCUAAUUACUCCUCCUCACCUGUCUCUCGCUUCAGAACUGACACUGCUGUGGAAUCCAAAAUGACCCCGAUCUGAUACACCCAUUCCCAUUACAAAACGUUGCACCCUUCUUCACCACCACCACCAUCCAAUCCCCCCAAACCAAUGGAGCCAGACGUGAGCAUCGAGACCUCCUCAGUGAUCCGAAUCGCGGUCCUGCCGAUCGGCACGGUCCCUCCGGGUCUACUCCGGGAGUACCAAACGAUGCUUCUCCGGCAGCAGACGAUUCCGCAAUCGGCAAUCAGCUCCUUCUACACGGAGCACCAGAAAUCACCUUUCGCGCAUCAGCCAUGGGACACCGGUAGCCUCCGAUUCAAAUUCAUACUCGGCGGAGCUCCACCGAGUCCCUGGGAAGAUUUCCAGUCCAAUCGCAAGAUCCUCGCCGUAAUCGGGAUCUGCCAUUGUCCUUCCUCUCCAGAUCUCGAUUCCGUUAUCGAUCAAUUCAACUCCGCUUGCAAAUCCUACGCCUCCGCUCUCGUCCACCGCUGCUUCGCCUUUUGCCCCGGCGAUUCUCAGCUAGAAGAUGGCAGUAAAAAAGGAGGUAAUUUGAAGUUGUUUCCUCCAGCGGACACUCAAACGCAAGAGAUGCAUUUACAGACGAUGAUGCAAGACAUUGCCGCGUCUCUGUUGAUGGAAUUCGAGAAAUGGGUGCUUAAGGCAGAAUCUGCUGGAACUAUUCUCAAGACGCCGUUAGAUUCUCAAGCCAGUCUCAAUUCAGAGGAGGUCCUCAAGGCGAAAAAGCGAAGGCUUGCCCGGUCACAAAAGACUAUAGGUGAUUACUGUUUGUUGGCAGGAUCGCCUGUUGAUGCUAGUGCCCACUACUCAACUUCACAGGAACUUGCAAGGUUGACUAGCGAUUACUUUUGGUAUGCCGGUGCAUUGGAGGGUGGUGUUUGUGCCUUAUUGUUAGACCGGAUGGGCCAAAAGGAUCCAGCUAUGGAGGAAGAGGUUAGAUAUCGAUAUAAUAGUGGUGUCAUUGUGCACUACAGGAAGUCAUUUAUUCAAGACAAUGCUCAGAGAGUUUCACCCCUAAGCUUUGAACUUGAGGCUACACUAAAAUUGGCAAGGUUCCUUUGCAGAAGAGAGCUGGCUAAGGAGGUAGUGGAGUUGUUGACCAGUGCUGCCGAUGGUGCUAAAUCAUUGAUUGAUGCCAGUGAUAGGCUCAUAUUAUUUGUUGAAAUAGCUCGGUUGUAUGGGACUAUUGGUUAUCAGCGAAAAGCUGCCUUCUUUUCAAGGCAGAUUGCUCAGUUGUAUCUGCAACAAGAAAAUAGACUGGCUGCUAUAAGUGCCAUGCAAGUUUUGGCAAUGACAACAAAGGCAUAUCGUGUUCAAAGUAGAACAUCCACCUCUGAACAUUCUCUUCCGAAUAAGCAAAUCGGAUCAAGUCAUUUGGAUGGUGGAAAAAUGCAUCAUCAUUCAGUAGUCUCCCUAUUUGAGUCUCAAUGGAGCACCCUGCAGAUGGUCGUGCUGAGAGAGAUACUGCUUUCUGCAGUUCGUGCAGGAGAUCCUCUUGCUGCAUGGAGUGCAGCAGCACGCCUGCUAAGAUCUUAUUACCCUUUAAUUACACCUGCUGGGCAAAAUGGCCUUGCUAGCGCACUCUCAAAUUCAUCAGACAGACUUCCAUCAGGAACUCGCUGUGCUGAUCCCGCCUUGCCUUUCAUAAGGCUUUAUUCUUUUCCUCUCCAUCCCUCACAAAUGGACAUUGUAAAGCGGAAUCCAGAAAGAGAAGAUUGGUGGGCUGGAUCUGCUCCUUCUGGGCCUUUUAUUUAUACACCAUUCAGCAAAGGAGAGUCAAAUGAUAGCAGCAAGCAAGAUCUGAUCUGGGUGGUUGGAGAACCUAUCCAGGUCUUGGUAGAGUUAGCAAAUCCAUGUGGCUUUGACUUAAGGGUUGAUAGUAUAUAUCUUUCUGUGCAUUCAGGAAAUUUUGAUGCUUUCCCAGUUAGUGUUAAUCUUCCGACCAAUUCAUCAAAGGUGAUCACCCUAUCAGGAAUCCCAACUUCAGUUGGGCCAGUGACAAUUCCUGGCUGUAUGGUCCAUUGUUUUGGUGUUGUUACUGAACACCUGUUUAAAGAUGUUGACAAUCUUUUACUUGGAGCAACACAAGGACUUGUGCUUUCUGACCCAUUUCGGUGCUGUGGGUCUGCAAAGUUGAGGAAUGUAUCUUUUCCAAAUAUUUCUGUUGUACCACCGCUUCCAUUGCUAGUGCCACAUGUUGGUGGUGGUGAUGGGGCCAUUAUAUUAUAUGAAGGUGAAAUUCGUGAUCUGUGGAUUAACCUGGCUAAUGCUGGUACAGUUCCAGUUGAGCAGGUGCAUAUUUCACUGUCAGGGAAAAACCAAGAUUGUGUCAUCUCAGUGGCAUAUGAAACCUUAAAAGCUGCCCUCCCUUUGAAGCCUGGUUCAGAAGUGACAAUACCUGUGACCUUAAAAGCCUGGCAGCUUGGCUUAGUGGAUCCUGAUCCUGCAGCUGGCAAGAGUGCCUUUGGUAGCAUGAUGAGGCAUUUCAAAGAUGGAAGCAGCCCCACAGUGGUGAUCCAUUAUGCAGGGUCUCUGUCAAGUUCUGGAGAUCCUUCAACAGUUGGAUCUUCUGUGCCUCCUGGAAGACGACUGGUUGUUCCCUUGCAGAUUUGUGUUUUGCAGGGUUUGUCCUUCGUAAAGGCUCGAUUGCUUUCAAUGGAAAUUCCUGCACAUGUGGGUGAAAACCUUCCUAAGCCAGUUCAUGUUGAUAGUCAAUCUACUGAAAGAGCUAUUGGUUCUGAAAGUAAAUUAGACAGAUUGGUGAAAAUUGAUCCUUUCAGAGGAAGUUGGGGACUUCGUUUUCUUGAACUUGAGUUGUCUAAUCCAACUGAUGUUGUGUUUGACAUUAGUGUUUCUGUCCAGUUGGAAAACCUCAGCAAUGCGGAUAAUGAUUCUGCUGACCAAGAUGCCGUUGAAUAUGGUUAUCCUAAAACAAGAAUUGAUAGAGAUUGCUCUGCAAGGGUAUUGAUACCGCUGGAGCACUUUAAACUACCUAUUCUUGAUGGUUCUUUCUUUAUGAAGGAUAUUCAGGCAGAUGGUCCAACUGGCAGCAGAAAUUCAAGUUUUUCAGAAAAGAAUGCUAAGGCUGAACUUAAUGCUUCAAUCAAGAACCUCAUUUCUAGAAUAAAGGUCAGAUGGCAAUCAGGGCGGAAUAGCUCUGGAGAAUUGAAUAUCAAGGAUGCUAUACAAGCAGCACUUCAGGCAUCUGUAAUGGAUGUACUGUUGCCAGAUCCAUUGACAUUUGGCUUCAGGCUUCUUAGAAAUGGUCUUGAGCCUGCAAAACUUGAUUCACCCAAUGAGUUAAAUAGUAGUGUUCAAUCUUCUGCAUCUAAAGGUCCUGUACUGGCACAUGACAUGACUCCUAUGGAAGUUCUGGUUCGUAAUAACACUAAGGAUUUGAUUAAAAUGAGUCUCAGUAUUACAUGCAGAGAUGUAGCUGGAGAAAAUUGUGUAGAGGGUGCCAAGGCAACUGUCUUAUGGGCUGGUAUUUUGAGUGGGAUCACAAUUGAGAUUCCUCCACUUCAAGAAAUCAAGCAUUCUUUCUCUUUGUAUUUUCUUGUCCCGGGUGAAUAUACAUUGGUAGCUGCUGCAUUGAUAGAUGAUGCUAAUGACAUCCUCAGGGCUAGAGCAAGGACUCAUUCCCCCGAUGAGCCAAUCUUCUGUUGUGGACCUCCGUAUAAUGUCCGUGUCAUUGGGACUGCCUGAUAGUUUUUGGUCUGUCCUUAUUGAUUGGAAACUCCCAUAGCAGAUAAUAGUAGAUUAAUUAAAGGGUUGCUGCUCAUAGUAGACAAAAGUGCCAAUUUUUUAUAUGGGACCGGCAAGAGUUAUGCAUUGCCUUUUCUUCUUUCUCUCUUUCAGUGAAUCACCUUCUACUGAAAGUUAAAGUUUCUUCCUUAUUUUUUUUUUUUUGGUGUUGUUAUGAAAAAAAAAUGUAUAACUAGAUCUGUAGCUGCUUGUAUAUCGAUGUUUUAAGCAUUAUAUUGAAACACUUUAUUUUUUCUAGGCA